CUCCUCCCUUCCUACCCUCUCCUCCUCCUCCCCUCCUCCUCUCCUCUCCUCUCCUCUGCUGCCUCCCCUCCUCUCCUCCUCCUCUCCUCCCAUCCUAGAGGACAGAGCGAUGCGGAGACAAUAGGACGCAGAGCCGGAGGAGUGUGCAGGAUGCUCGGCGCCACAUCCACCGUCAACCGGCUGCACGGAGGCUUCUCACAGCACACCGACAUCAGGCGGCUCACCUGGCCGUAGUAUGCGCUCAGAUCCUCCACCAGCAGCAGCAGCAGUCUGGACCGACGGGGCGGAAUCCACAGCCUCCAUAUGGGAACCAACUGAAGGUGACACCAGCUGUUAGCUGCUCCUGUCCCACCUGAGCGUCCGUUCCCCAGUGUUUCCUCACGGUCCGUCCCCUAAAGCAGACCCUAGCAUGAGUUCCUCUCCGCUGGUGUCUCGAGCCAACAUGGACAUCCUGGACGAGCUGCAGCUGAUCGCAGCCCAGAACCUGGAGAGGCUGGAGGUCAACAAGUACUACGAGGUGAUCAGGGAGCUGGGCAAGGGCACCUACGGCAAGGUGGACCUGGUCAUCCACAAGAUCAGAGGUACAAAAAUGGCCCUGAAGUUCCUGAAGAAGAAGACGACCAAGCUGAAGUCGUUCCUGCGGGAGUACAGCAUCUCCCUCUACCUGUCUCCCUGUCCUUUCAUCAUCAACAUGUUCGGCAUCGCCUUCGAGACGGACGACUACUAUGUGUUUGCACAGGAGUACGCUCUGGCAGGGGACCUCUUCGAUAUCAUUCCUCCACAGGUUGGUCUUCCAGAGGCGGUGGCAAAGCGCUGUGUGCACCAAGUAGCCAUCGCUCUAGACUACCUGCACUGUAAGAAGCUGGUCCACCGGGACAUCAAGCCUGAAAACAUCCUCAUUUUUGACCGAGAGUGCCGCAAGGUCAAGCUGUCAGAUUUCGGCAUGACCCGCCGAGCUGGCUCGCCUGUGAAAAGAGUGAGCGGGACCAUACCCUACACGGCCCCGGAGCUCUGCGACGUGUCCCGCCACGAGGGUUUCUGCGUGGACUACAGCACUGACGUCUGGGCCUUCGGCGUGCUGCUCUUCUGCAUGCUGACCGGCAACUUCCCCUGGGAGAAGGCGCUGCCCUCCGACUCCUUCUACCAGGAGUUCAUCCGCUGGCAGAGGAGGAGGACGAACACGGUGCCGUCCCAGUGGAGGCGCUUCACCGAGCAGGCCCUCCGCAUGUUCCGCCGGCUGCUCUCUGUGGAGCAGGACCGCCGCUGCUCCGUUAAAGAGGUCUUCGGGUACUUCAGCCACUCCUGGAUGCUGGACGCAGAGAACAACAACAACAACGGCAACGGUAACGUUAACGCUGGAUGUGGAGAGAGGGUUGGCGGCGGAGGAGGAGGAGGAGGCGGUGGAGGUGGAGGAGGAGGAGGAGGGGUGCGGGGAGAGGUGGACGGCACUAUCUCGUCAUCUUCAUCCGGGGAGGAAGACGAGGAGCUCCUUGUUGAGAGGAUGAAGCAGCAGACUUUAUCUCCUCUCUCCCCGCUCUCCCCUCUCUCUCCCAUGUCUCCGGUGGCGGUGGAGAGGGGGAGCGGUGGCGGCGGGGCUAAGGGCGGGAUGAUGGAACCGAACGGCGGACACCAUUUCGUGUCCGUCUCCACCAACAGCUCCGUGUCGUCCACCAACAGUUACGACCGAAUGCCGCGAGAGAACAGUUCACCCGGUGGCCGCAUGCUGGUGGCCACGCCCAUCGAAAUCUGCGUCUGAGAGCGUCAGAACGUUGUCACGGACUCGCUGGUACACACUUUUAUACCUCUCAUCCAACCACGUAGAUGUGCAUGCAUGGAAAAAGAAGACAAUGAGUACUAACACGUAUCCUGUUCUAAACAUCUUUGGAGAGGAAGAGCACACAGAAGUCUUAACAGAGAGUAUUCGUAGAAUGAAUACAUUCCUCAUACGGUCUGGAGUUCAAAGACUCUGUGAGAAGCCCCCAUUUACACUUUGAGUUCAAUGACGUGCAAAUUUCAUGAAACCCAGAGGAAAAGUGAAAAAUUGCUUCCGUUAGAGAUUCUGUCACUAAAAACCAUCCGAAAGACCAAAAUGUAUUUCUUAAAGCAAUACUUCCAGCAAAAAAAAAGCAAAUGGAGACACAGAAGUGUCGGAGUGCUGUGUGAUCUCUUCAGGACGGGACCGCGGGACGCCGCGGGACAGAGGAUUUGUAUUUUUGAAGAAGACUAAAACAGUUCAUGAAAUACCUUGUAAGCUAAAAACGAGCGCGCGGCAGUUUUAAAUGUUUCACGUGUAACAAAAAUGUGAAAGUGUGAGCGUGUGUUGUCGUGUGUAUUACUGUGUGUUUGAAUCCAGAAGAGGUGGAUUGAUUUUGCUUUGAGAAUUUUAUUAUUUAUUUGAAUCUAAAAACUAUUUUUUCUAUUGUUUUUUUUGUAAAGCAGCUUUCUUUGUUUUUCGUUUGUUGUGUUUCGGUGUUCCAUUCGGUUGGCUGCUGUACAUAUCCGUAUGAAUCAUGUAUGAGGUUUGGCCAAAGGUUCUCAGACAGAAUAUAAAACCAUGUUCAUGAGUGACAGACUAGACUGAGAGAAGGGUUAUGAUGUCUGUUCUUCAUGUCAAACAUAUCUACUUCACUGUUGGAAGACGAUUUUCUACUCACUCUCCAAGUUCUGUUUGUAUAGCUUCUCUUUUCUUUGAAACGUUUCGCAAAAAAAAAGUUCAGUUUGUAUUGCUCAUGUUUUCUCCGAAACUUUUAGCAAAAAUGUUAUUGUCUGAAAAGAAAAGAGAAAUGUUCACUUUAGCAUUUUCAAUUCAAUCUGAUGAUGGAAAAAAAAAAAAGAUGUUAAAGAGUCACCUUUUAUAAAUUGCAUGAGGAGUAGCUCAAACUUACCUUUACGAAGAAUUUGAACCGGCUUUACAAAAAAAAAAUACGGGAAAAAAAGGAUAAAAAGAAAUGUAAAAUGUUGUGAUGUGGAAUUUUUCGCCGUAGCACAAUUUCUUGCAUUAUGUCCCUGAGUGAAUAUUGCCGUCAUGAUCUCCUGAGACAUCCUAGGGCUAAAAAAUCUGUUGAAUUAGUUUCUAUUCAGUGUGUUGUAUUUGUAUUGCUAUUAAUGCCGUGUACUCAUCUCACCACCAUCGGGAACAGAAAAAAAAGCAAAGCAUGACGACAUAGAGCGAGAGGCUUGAAUUUAAACCACCGGUAGGGAAUUCAAUAAUGUCAUUUUUGCGUCUAAAUUGCCACCUUUAGUGGCGUAGAUGGGUUUUUUCUACCAAAUUAAAAUGAACAGAGAAAAAUCCAUUCCUUUCUUUGACUCAAUAUAAAUAAUUUGAAGGGAAAAAAAAUGGCUCAUGCAUAGGAAUGGACGUUUUGUGUGUUGCUUUCCAGACAUAAAUCUGCAUGAACUUGUAUGUGCUAAAGCUCUGUUGUGAAAACCUGCUCAGUGUUUCUCCUGUCACAAGCUGUAGUACUCCGUAGAUGUAGGAUAGCUGCGAACAACAUGUUUCUUUAUCUGGUGAGGGUCAGUAGCCUCGGCUCGGAUCCGCCUGACCGAGGAUCAGCUGAACUCGGUUCGAGCCGUUUGGAUCGUGUUCAUCGAAGCUGCUCCCGGAUCAGCGAGCGAGUAUGCAAAUUACUACAUCUUGUGACAAUCUCUGACCUCAUUGGCAGCCUUCUGACUCAGAACAAAGGACAGUCCUGAUACGGACACUGUAGCCGUGCUGUUUCCUAUAGCAGGCUUCUCUCCAUCGGCGAGCUGCGAGCUGCGCCGCCUCCGCAGCGUUUACUGUGUGAGCCCCAGCACAGCACAUUCACUGGGGCGGGGACGGGGUGGUAUCACAUGACUAUAUGAAGACGAGAUUACACACGCCUGUACAUUACCUCAUCAUGUCAUUCUUUCUCUCCCAGAAUCUACAGUGGACCUACAGUGUGUCAAACGUCCAUCCUAAUAAAUAAAUAGUCUCAUUAUAGAGAGGCGAAGUCCCGCCCCUUCCUGUGGACCACCAUGGGACCUUAUUUCAGACAAAAUAUGAACGGCAGUCAACGGAGAGAGAUAAAUAUUUUUUUGAUCUACUCCGUGAAUCACACAGAUGAUGUUUGGAUGACAUGGUAGCUUCAGAGAGAGAGACGUCACUACCACACUUAAGGGUGUGUCGUCUUUCUAAUGAUGUAUUUCACAGUCUGAUAACGACAAACGGAGACGUUCUUGACUUACAAAAUGAUGUUUUGAAUUGACAACAACAUAGGCCCUAUGUGUGAUUCAUGGAGAAAUUCAAAAGGGAUGAAAAUAAUAUUCAUCUCUCUCCGUUGACUACCGUUCAUAUUUUUUCUGAAAUAAGGUCCCAUGGUGGUCCACCGGAAGGGGCGGGACUUAGCUUCUCUAUAAGUCAAGUGAAAAUGUGCCAGUGGCUGGACUAAGGGCUGGCUGGUGAACGCCUCUAGGGCUGACACUUUUUGAAAAAAAUAAAUGAGAAUUAACAUGGAAUUUGUUCAGAUUCUAUGGAACACAACCCACAUAGUUUAAUCAUAACAAUACGCUGACAUUGUGUUCUUUUUCUGUGCCUCCACUAAUUGAGUGAGCAUCAACAACAACAACAACAACAACAUUUGACUUCAGAUUAGUUGUCGUGGUAAUAAUGCUAACACGAGCAUCUGUGUUCUCGGCAGUAAACAGCUUCACCUUUAUCUACCAGGUUUUCCAUCUGUGGUGUCAUUUCCAAAAUGCUUCCACACAUUACUUCUCAUGGUUAUCUGUUCAGCACAGCUUCUCGUUUCCUCCAUGUUGUGUUAGCAAAGACAACAACGACUGUGUAGUUAACUGAUACAGAGUAGAUCAGAGUCACAGUGCAUUUGACAUUCGUGUUCAUACACAGAGAAUUUUGAAUUCAGUCAAAUCAUCAAAGAUUGAAUAUUAAUUUUCUUUAUCGUGUUCAAAAGGUAGUUCAAAUUUCAGAUAAAAAAUGACAGCCCUAGUGGCCAGAAUAGAGAUCAAAACCUGGCCACCCCAUUGGCCAUCACCUUCCCUCAGAUAGCUAACCAACUGCUUCACAUGUUGUGCAGGAGUUACUGUAUAUUAAAGGUGCCCUGUGGAGUUUUCAUGAAAACAAACAUGAUGUGGUACAGUGCUGCUUUUCUUGUGUUAGUGCCACUAAUUGUCAGCUUAAAAAACCGAUGACAGGAAGUGUGUUGUGCUACUCGCGUUUGUGCACCAAUUGUGCAUCCUUUACGCACUUUGCUCAUAGGCUACUACCCUUACCAAAAAGAAGUUUAUUCAAGUGUGCUAUUAGUGUACUUCUUUAAAACUUAAAAUAAGAGUAUACUUAUACUUUUUAUGUACUUAUCAGAAAUAUACUUAACAAAAGUAUACUUAAGUAUCAAACUGACAAGUAUACAGAAAAGUCUAAGUAUACUUGGCUUAUACUUGUACUUAAUCUUUUCAUCAAGUUAGUUAGUAAGUGAGUUACUUAACUCGUAGUUUACUGAGUAUACUUUAAAGUGUACUUUCAUAAAAUAUAAAGUUGGCUACAAAUAUAUACAAGUAUACUUGCAGUAUAAAAAGUAUUAAACUAGUAGUCUAGAAGAGAGUAUACUUUAAAGUGCACCUUCAUGAAGUAAAAAGUGGGCCACAAGUAUAAAACUAGUAUACUAUCGGUACAAUACUUACACUUAAUGUAUACUUUUAUAAACUAAAAAGUGGGCCAAUUUAGUCCAAUAUUAAAGCAGUACACUUACAAGUAUACUACUAGUACAUUGAUAUUAGUAUACUUACUACAUUAAGUAUACUCGGAAAAUAUAUACUUGAACUUUAUUUAAGUAUACUUCAUAAAUAAACUUGAAGUGUACUGCUCUUUGGUAAAGGUAGUCCAAAAACUCCACAGGUACCUUUAACUUGACAGAGUUGCGUAUGCUCUGUAUUUCAGUGUGUUCUGAAAUCCUUACUUACUUUUAUACUUCAAGCUUUUGGCUGGUUUCAUCAUUACUUCGGCCCACUAGAGUAGAGGGCUCAUUUUAGUCCAAUUUCGGUCACGAGCAAACAUCUUCUACCAUCAGCUAAACGGUUUAGAGCAGCCCGUUAAAACAGAAGAUAAAGACAGGGAUUUGUGUGUAACAGUGAUUUCAUCUGUUCGGCUCCACCACUGAAAUAACAAUAAGACAACAGCAUGUUAGAGUGGAUCUUUAGUGGUGUGUUAGGAUCAGGUCCAGUAUCCGCUGCAGCUGAGGACACCUGACCCGGGAGGAAGGAUGAGUCAAACCGAACUAGACAUUAAAGGGAACCACGAGUCACUUUCCCUUUUCUUCUCUGCGACAAGGCUGAAUGGGUCGCUGCUGCCACCUCGGCUCAUCCAUAACGUAAUAAUGUGUUGUUGUGACGGAGUUCCAGUGUCUUUCUGUACAGUGACUUAUUUCAAAAGCAUCAUGAUUUUGGUGGAGUUUUAGUGAGUAGACACACAGCACUAGAACUCGUAUCCGGUUCUGUCUUUGCAAUACAACUGUCUUCCUGUAAACUGAGAUUUAGUCAAUAAAAUGAGAAUUCUUGUUGGAGUGA